UGGUGUACCAUGUAAGACUCUCCUCUCCCGCCAUCUCUAGAUAACCCCAACAACGCUCUUCACUCCCAUUUUUCUGAAAGUAUUCUCUUUCGUGAAAGGACGAAAAGCGAAUACGAAAAAGAGUAAGAGGAAUGGAGGUGCCAGUGAUAGACCUGUUGCCGUAUUUAAUGGUCUGCGGGAAGCUCGGCGGCGAUUCAGCGGAGCAAGCGAGUCAACUCGGUCCGGAACUGGAAGAGUUGUGUGUUAAGGUGAGUCGGAUCCUUAGGGAGACUGGAGCUUUGCUGGUGAAGGAUCCGAGGUGUACUGUUGAAGAUAACGAUCGGUUUCUUGAUAUGAUGGAGAAGUACUUCGAGAGACCAUCAGAGUUCAAGCGGCUGCAGGAGAGGCCCAAUUUGCAUUAUCAGGUUCUCGUUGGGGUAACUCCAGAGGGAGUAGAAGUUCCAAGAAGCCUUGUUGAUGAAGACAUGCAACAGAAACUGAAGACAAUGCCCAAAGAAUACCAACCAUGCACUCCCACAGGUCCUGAUCGUAAAUGGAGGUACAUGUGGAGAGUGGGUCCUCGCCCAACAAACACCCGUUUUAAGGAACUUAACUCAGAGCCUGUCAUACCAGAAGGUUUUCCCGAAUGGAAAGACACAAUGGACUCUUGGGGGCAAAAAAUGAUAUCAGCAAUAGAGGUUGUUGCUGAAAUGGCAGCAAUUGGAUUUGGUUUGCCAAAGGAUGCAUUCACUUCACUAAUGAAGCAGGGACCACACCUGCUUGCUCCAACUGGAAGUGAUCUCAGCAUUUAUGGCGAACUGCAAAAUAUUUUUGCUGGAUAUCACUAUGAUCUCAAUUUUCUGACAAUUCAUGGAAGAAGUAGAUUCCCUGGGCUAAACAUUUGGCUAAAAAAUGGGCAAAAAGUUGAAGUAAAGGUUCCCGUAGGAUGCCUUCUAAUUCAGACAGGGAAACAGAUAGAAUGGUUGACUGCAGGAGAGUGCAUUGCUGGUAUGCAUGAAGUUGUUGUUACAGGCAGGACGCUUGAUGCAAUUAAACUAGCAUCUGAGCAAAAUCGCAGUUUAUGGAGAGUUUCGUCAACACUGUUUUCCCACAUUGCAUCAGACGCUGUGCUAAAACCUUUGGGCCAUUUUGCGGAAUCCCCUCUUGCCAGUCAAUAUCCAGCCAUGUGUGCCGGAGAAUUUGUUGAACAGGAGCUUGCGGUAAUCAAUCUGAAAGGAAAGAAACCGGAGUCAUGUUAACUUGUAACAUGUAAAACCAUUUAUUAUUGCCCAGAUUCAAGUGGCAUUCUGGGGUUGGAUUGAAAGAUCAGUCGCUAAAAAGGAUUAGAUAAUUGAUACUUUAAAAAUAAACUAUGCCACUUUUUACUUGGCCGUUCUUUACUCUGACAAAUUAUGUGAUAUAUCUUCUUACAAGUGCAAAUUGAUUCUGAUUUAUUAAAUUUCUUAUGUUAUCA